UUUUUGUUGUUUACCAUUGAUUUCAAUGGUAUUUGGAGACAAAAAAAUGAAUGAGACGUGACUAAAUUUACUUUGUUAUUAAAUCUGUGCGUUUUUGAUUACCUUAAUCAUAAUUGGAGACACAGUAAUCAACUUGUGUAUAUUGUUAUUUUGUUUAUAAACGUUUAUAUUUUAACCAUGAGCAAAGUAUGGUUUGAUGAAAGAUCAUUGAAUGAAAAAUACGAAUAUGGUUUACUCGCUAUUUGUAUUCUUUUGAUAUUAAAUUUGGUACUGAUUGCUAUUAAACGGCUACAACCUGUUGCCAAUAAUCCUCCCAAGCAGCCUCGUUUUCGUAAACGAGAUAAAGUCAUUUUCUAUGGACGUAAAAUGCUCCGGAAAGUGCGAACGUCUUUUCAAAAGUCAGGAAAUCACAGGAUUUUCAGGUUAAACCAUUAUCUACAUCCUGAAUUUGUUAGCUUACGACCAAAUCAAAAUUAUUCAGCUGUUACUAUUAUUGGCGCUUCUGAUGAUGUACCUUUGGAAGCUUUUUGUGUUGAACUUAAUCAAGCCUUAACCUCAAUUGCAACAGUCAUAACACUCUCUUCUGAUUAUAUUCGUGAGGUUUUGGGUCCACGAGCUUUUGAUGUAUCCAAUGAGAACAAGUUGUCCACUUGGUUAAAGGAACAAAGAGAUCAAUAUCGUAUAAUUUUGUAUCAAUGUGAUCGCACUUUUACUACAUGGAGCCAUCGUUGUAUUCGCACUGCUGACUGUAUAUUAGUUGUUGGCUUAGCCAAUUCUCCACCAACUGUUGGUCGAGUGGAAAAGCAGCUAGAUUCGCUUGCCUUCAAAACACAAAAAGAACUCGUUCUUUUACAUAGUAAUCCUUCCAAAUCUCCAGAGAAUACUGUCCUCUGGUUAAACAUGAGAGCUUGGUGUUCAUGGCAUCACCACAUUCGAUGUCCAAAACGAAUGUUUAUCAAAAAAUCUCCAACCAAGAUGAAAGAAUAUUGUGCAAUUGUUGCAUCUGAGCCUACAGAUAUUCAUUCUGAUCUUUCUAGAUUGGCAAGAUUCUUGACUGGCAGAUCUGUUGGAUUAGUUUUAGGUGGAGGUGGGGCCCGAGGAUCAGCUCAUGCUGGUAUGAUUAAAGCCUUAUUGGAAGAAGGAAUACCUAUCGAUAUGAUUGGCGGUGUUUCUAUUGGUGCCUUUAUGGGUGCUCUUUAUUGUCAAGAAAGUGACUUCAACAAAUUUAAGGACAAAGCCCGACAUUGGGCUUUAGAAAUGACUUCUUAUUGGAGGCAAAUUCUUGAUUUAACUUAUCCGGUUACCGCAAUGUUUACAGGAGCAGCGUUUAAUCGAACAAUCCACAAUGUUUUUGGUGAAAAGCAAAUCGAAGAUUUGUGGCUUCCAUUUUUCUGUAUUACAACUGAUAUAUCAUCAAGUUGUAUGAGAAUCCAUAGAUAUGGAUCAUUGUGGCGUUAUGUUCGUUCUUCAAUGUCACUUUCUGGCUACUUACCUCCUCUCUGUGAUCCCGUUGAUGGUCAUCUACUACUUGAUGGUGGCUAUGUAAAUAAUUUACCUGCUGAUGUGAUGAAAGAAGUAAUGGGAGCUCAUACGACACUCGCCGUGGACGUAGGUAGUCAAGAUGAAACUGAUCUAUUCAAUUAUGGUGAUACUCUGAGUGGCUGGUGGCUUCUCUGGAAACGUUGGAACCCAUGGGCUACACCUGUUAAAGUUCCAAGUUUACCUGAGAUACAAUCUAGACUUGCCUUUGUUAGUUGUGUAAGACAAUUAGAAAGAGUCAAGAACAGCUCGUACUGUACAUACAUCCGACCACCAAUAGAUAAAUUCAAAACUUUCCAAUUUGGUAACUUUGAUGAAAUAUCGGAAGUCGGCUACAACCAUGGUAAAACAAUUCUGACCCCUAAUUUAGCGAGCGACCUCCUUGCAAACACUCUUAUUAUUAGACAGCAAAAGGUUGGAUAAAAAAGAAACAAAAUUAUAUAAAUAUAUAAAUAUAAAUAACUGAUAUAUCAUUUAUCUUGAAACAAAAAUAUUCCUAACUUCUAUUGAAUUACAUUGUAUUGUAUUGGUCAUUAACAUCAUCAAGAUUAUUGUCAUCAAACUUAAGAUACAAGUAAAUGCCAAAGUAUUGUUUAAAUUAUCUAUAAUCAUUAUUAAUUUUUUGUUUUUGCCUCACAUUGUUAGAAGCUAAUCACCAACAAAUGAACCCAAAUUGACUCAUUUUUUCAAUGGUAAAACAUUUUCUGCAAAUUUUCCAAUAAAAUUUCCAGCUGGCUUAUAAUUACA